CUACUAGUUUACGCACAGCCCUUCUCAAUAUUAGAUUUUUUCAUGGAUGGGAUCAUGUAAGGUCUCUCCCACCGUCACUGGCGAAGGUACCGACACACUUUCGCGGUCCUUACUUCGUUUGCCCACAAAGAAAGCGGCCUAAAAGCCGAGGGAAGAGGGGAGGAGUGGCUGUCAGGCUCAAGGCCCUUUGGCGUUGGGCUUCUACUGAUGUCUCCGGCCUCCAUUGUAAAUCCGACUCGAUUUGCCAUCAUUCUCUUAUGUAUUGCUGGCCUGGCUUGGCUUCACCUACCCUUCACCAGAUCCCUGGCUAACAAGACUUUUAUUCUAAAGGACUUUUUUCACAUGGCGGGAAUUGGAUUUUAUGUUGCUGACCGAGACCUGGCUAGAGGAAGUUGGCACUACCUCCAUCAUGCCGUGACAGACUGUUCCAGGCCUCAUUGCCAUUGCAAGAGGAGCUUUGCACCAACCUGCCAUGAUGCUGAACACAAUGAGCUGAACCAAAGUGGCUACAUGGAUGGAUCAACAUCAUAUUAAGAGGAAGAGGAAGCCCAGCCCAGGGAGAAACGCUGAGAGGAUGAAACUCUGACACACCGACAGACCACAGGGAAACAAGAGCACAACUAUAAUUGCUAGAAGGAAGCGCACAGGAAGGUCAGCCAAGAAUCCUGCUGUAGGUGCCAAGUGAAAUCUACAGGACUACAAUUACUUGGACAGACUGAAGCGGCAGAGCAAAGUGAAUGACAGUGACUGAUUGGUAUGGUGUGGCACUGACAUUGGACACUCCGCUGUAGCAACAAGUGAUUUCUCCCCUUCCAAACGCCUCACACCUCCAGCCUCCAGCCUCUCAGACAGGUUGUAUCUGACGGAGGGACUGUUGCCGCGCUCCCGUCCCCGUGCUCCUUCAGCAACAACACUGGUUCAGCACCACCUGUGGCAGCAGCAGCGAGUCGAGUGACCCAGCGUCAGGCCGACCGGCUUUACCUGUACAUGGAGACCCCCAGCUGGGCAGGAAACACGUUGUGUAAGUCAGGAAGCAUAGCUGUCUUCGGAAACGUGGUAUACAGCGGACUGCUGAACGAUCACCUCUGGCAUUUGGGAGUGCCCCUCUUUACAAGACUGGGUAACCAAGAGGCCACUAACCCCCCAGAAGCGAUGGCCCAGCCGUACACCCCAGCCCAGUAUCCGCCUCCCCCACAGAAUGGCAUACCCGCAGAGUUCGCGGCACCGCACCCGCUUACAACACAGGACUACACCGGGCAGAGCCGAGUCCCUGAGCACACUAUGACCCUCUACACGACCACACAGACGCACAGCGAACCGGUUGGCACAGACAACAACACGCCUGUCAUCACCACCACCACGACGGCACCGGUCAGUGUCCUCCAUCAUCUGCAAACGCUGACCUCAACACACUGUCAGCAAACAGAUGAUGUGACGCAAACAGAGGGCUCUCAGCAGCUCCAGCUCCAGCACUCAGACUCUUCAGAGAAGCAGCAGCCCAAAAGGUUACAUGUCUCCAACAUUCCCUUCCGUUUCCGGGACCCUGACCUAAGGCAAAUGUUUGGGCAAUUUGGAAAGAUUUUAGAUGUGGAGAUUAUCUUUAAUGAGCGAGGAUCCAAGGGCUUUGGGUUUGUAACUUUUGAAACAAGCACAGAUGCUGAUCGUGCACGGGAGAAACUAAACGGUACAAUCGUAGAGGGACGCAAAAUAGAGGUGAACAAUGCAACAGCACGAGUGAUGACAAACAAAAAAGUGGCCAACCCUUACACAAACGGCUGGAAGCUGAAUCCAGUGGUAGGAGCGGUCUAUGGUCCUGAACUGUAUGCUGUAACAGGGUUUCCCUACCCUGCCACAGGCGCUACAGUGGCCUAUAGGGGUGCCCACUUGCGAGGUCGGGGGCGGGCUGUGUACAACACGUUCCGCACAGCUCCACCACCACCACCAAUUCCAGCUUAUGGAGCGGUGGUGUACCAAGAUGGCUUCUAUGGUGCAGAGAUCUACGGUGGCUAUGCAGCAUACAGAUUUGCCCAGCCCACUACCACCGCUGCUUACAGUGACAGCUAUGGCAGAGUCUAUGCAACAGCAGACCCCUACCACCACACAAUUGGCCCUGCCGCCACAUACAGUGUGGGGACUAUGGCUAGCCUAUACAGAGGAGGGUACAGUCGCUUCACUCCCUACUAAAAGAAAGAAAAGACAGGGACAUUACCCCAACAAACAAAAAAAAACUAUCUAAGAAAAAAAAAAGACACAAAACAAGCGAACACCCAGUCCUUGUUGGAGAGCUAAAUCUAAAUAAAAGCUUCCAGGCCCCCCCAUGCUGAGCCCCUCCCCUGACACCCUCUCAAGCCGAUAUUUCUACAGCAACCUUUUUGAUGUCAUCAUUGGUCUGCUCUUGUUUUUUAUUCAUUUUUUUGUGCUUUUGGUUUUCUUUUGGAAAGUUUUAUGCACAUGUGCAUUAUCUUGAUUGCUGUAUAUGGGUGCUGUGUCACCAUAACCAAUGUGAACCUACUGCAGCACGCAUGAUGCAUGCUCAGAGGUAUGUGUAUGCAGCUGCUGUCAUCUGACUAAGAAUAUACUGGGGCAUUUUUACGACACGAUAAGAAGAAACAUACCAGGUCUGAUCAGGUAAACGCUGGUCACUGAUCUAUCAGUUCAUAAUUUUUGUAACGUCUGCCUCCCAUAUAACCUGCAGAAAUAAAAGAACUCAACCUAUAUGCUGACUGACAUGCCUUGGUAAUUCUUAGUUCAAAGACGGCACUGCUCUGAUUGCUUUUGUUUUCUUUAAAUGUUGGAGUGUCCUACUGUUGUGCACUUGCAGUGAAGCCUUAUAAACUGUAAUAUGUUGUAUGACAGCAUGCAGACUAAAGGGUCAUGAAGGUCAGAUUUCUGUCUUGGACUCACAAUGCUCGAACUCCAGCCCAGUCUCCUGCAAAUUUCUCUGCGUUCAUAUGCAUCUAUUUUCUAUCAGUGGUUGUGUUUCAUGGAAGUACAGCCAAAGGUAAACGGGGGAAUGAGCAUAGGCCCGGCAGCCUGGGUUUGCAUCCUGGCUCAUGCUUGUAGUUGGCAGCGAUGGUUUUAAUAUUUUCACAGGAUUAACUGCAAGUGAACACAGACUAAAUGAACCAUGUGCUUUUAGCUGCCUAAAUUGACUUUAAGCAGUACUUGUCUUUCAGUAGACCCUGCUUGGUAAAUGUCUUUUAAACUCUGCUCCCCCAGCUUGUAACACAGGGAAUUUGUAUACUCUAAGCCCAAGUAGGGAUAAACCUAAUGGACAUCAUCAGUGUUAGUUCUUACAGAAGACUUGUUUCGCAGGCAGAAUAGUUCUCCUAAUGCUGAGUAAACUGAGCUUCAUGUCUAAAAUUGUGCUAUUCACAAAUAUUCUAAAAACUGAGCACUAAAUAUUUUGCAGAUUGUAGGAUUGUAGUUCUGUCUGAUGAAAGUUUGUAAGUAGUUGUGUGUCGACUAAAAUUCUAUGGUACAUUUUUAGCUAUAGUUUGUGUUCUUGUAUUGGAGCGCUUUAAAUUGGAAGGUGUUUCAAAUAUUUUUCCACAUGCCAACGCAGUAUAAUUCGGACUUACAUAGCAUCAGAUUGAUUACAAUUUCAGUAGACUUUUGUAGUGGAUUAGUGCAAUCGAUCGAAUAACUGCUCAGUCAAACCAACAAUUCCGAUCAUCUGUUAACUAUUGUUAAUAGAAAUAAUUAGUUGUACUGGACUGUUUACAUGGGUUUCUGUUUUUCUGGUCAGUCAGCAUACGUUCCCCGAAACAUAAUUGUUAAUUGCAAAAGAGCUGCACAUGAAUUUAAUUUGUAGAAAAUACAGUUGCAUAUCCUCACUACA